UCGGCGCUUGCGUGGUGCGAGGUGGUUCCGCAUGCGCGCUGGGGUUGUGCGAGGCGCACGCUGCGGCGGCUGGGCGGCUGGUACGGAUCUACCAAGUCUGAUCGUUCGGACUAAAGAGCUCCACGCGGGACUUUAGUGCGGGAUUCACACACAUACCUCAGAAUGCCGGGUCUAAGUUGUAGAUUUUACCAACACAAAUUUCCUGAGGUGGAAGAUGUAGUGAUGGUGAAUGUAAGGUCCAUUGCUGAAAUGGGAGCUUAUGUCAGCUUGCUAGAAUACAACAACAUUGAAGGCAUGAUUCUUCUCAGUGAAUUAUCCAGACGGCGUAUCCGUUCUAUAAACAAACUCAUCCGAAUUGGCAGGAAUGAAUGUGUGGUUGUUAUUAGAGUGGACAAAGAAAAAGGAUAUAUCGAUUUGUCAAAAAGAAGAGUUUCUCCAGAGGAAGCAAUCAAAUGUGAAGACAAAUUCACAAAAUCUAAAACCGUUUAUAGCAUUCUUCGUCAUGUUGCUGAGGUAUUAGAAUAUACCAAGGAUGAGCAACUGGAAAGCCUGUUCCAGAGGACUGCCUGGGUCUUUGAUGACAAAUACAAGAGACCUGGUUAUGGUGCCUAUGAUGCAUUUAAGCAUGCAGUCUCAGAUCCAUCUAUUUUGGAUAGUUUAGAUUUGAAUGAAGAUGAACGGGAAGUACUUAUUAACAAUAUUAAUAGGCGUUUGACCCCACAAGCUGUCAAAAUUCGAGCAGAUAUUGAAGUGGCUUGUUAUGGUUAUGAAGGCAUUGAUGCUGUAAAAGAAGCCCUGAGAGCAGGUUUGAAUUGUUCUACAGAAACAAUGCCCAUCAAGAUUAAUCUAAUAGCUCCUCCUCGGUAUGUGAUGACCACGACAACCCUGGAGAGGACAGAAGGUCUCUCUGUCCUCAAUCAAGCUAUGGCUGUUAUCAAAGAAAAGAUUGAGGAAAAGAGGGGUGUGUUCAAUGUUCAAAUGGAGCCCAAGGUGGUCACAGAUACAGAUGAGACUGAACUUGCAAGGCAGCUGGAGAGGCUUGAGAGAGAAAAUGCAGAAGUGGAUGGAGAUGAUGAUGCAGAAGAAAUGGAAGCAAAAGCUGAAGAUUAACUUUGUGGGAAGCAUAGUCUAAUUUGAGGAACAUGACUUGGCUGUAAACCCUAGACUUGACAGUUUUCCAGUAUUGAAAACUUCAAAGCCGAAUAUUUUUUAUUUCCAAGUAUUUAAGUAUUCCAACACUGUAAAACAUGAAAUGUCCUCCUAAAUGUCAGCUGUUUUCACACAGUAACUCUGACACGUUUUUUAAGGGAGCAGCCCAAUUUCACGAGAGAAAAUCUUUGAGCUUAGAACAGUCCUAAAAUUGGGCUUGUGAUUUCCAUUUCUGAUGUCUCCAGAUUGGCACCCUUUGUAGUUCAGUGCCUCCGUGAGAUUUACCAGGGGCCCCCAAAAUAAACAAUAACAAUCCCAAUCUUUCUAUAUAAAAUGUAUUAAAGCAAACAUCAAAUAAAUUUCUGGGAUAUUUAA